AUGACGAACAAGAUCUUCCUCCUCUUCACAACCACCAUAAUCUUGAUCUUCAACUUCCCUUGUUCAUAUUCUCUCUCCUCAAAUUCAAACACUCUAUUUCUUGAACCCUCUUCAAGACUAUCAUCAUCUUCGCCUUCGCCGCCUCCGCCGCCGUUUCGACAUCGUUACUGUGAAUCUUUCCCGUCUAAAUACCCACCUGCAAUAUGUAACACUCAGUUCCGGCAGUACCUUAUGUUCCCUCCUCCUCCACCACCAUUGUUGUCGUCGUCGUCGAAUCAUGUGUCAUCCUCCGAGAUCGACCCACGUUUCGGUGUCGAAAAACGGCUUGUUCCUAGUGGUCCUAACCCUCUUCACAACUGA